UCUUUAUAUCAAAAGCUCAGAAGUCAUAACACUGAAAAACAGAACUGGAAAUGGCAUCCCAAACCCUAACAGAUCCAACAUCGUCCUCUAUGGAUCCGAUAUUCCACAUCGUUAAAAUCGUUCCCUACUCCAUUCUUCGCCCUCCUCGCCUUCGCUUGAAGCUCCCAUCACUUACUUUACCGUCGCCAAUGACCGUCUUUGCCCUUGUCCUCCUCACCUACUUUAUGGUCGUCUCCGGGAUCGUCUACGACGUAAUUGUGGAGCCGCCUGGAAUCGGAUCGACUCAAGAUCCGGCAACCGGAUCUAUCCGACCUGUCGUGUUUCUACCUGGUCGCGUGAACGGGCAAUACAUAAUUGAGGGCUUGUCAUCUGGAUUUAUGUUCGUGCUUGGUGGAACUGGAAUUGUGCUAAUGGAUCUUGCAUUGGACAAGAAUCGAGCUAAGAGCGUAAAGGUUUCUUAUGCGACUGCUGGUAUUUCGUCGUUGAUUAUCGCAUAUGUGAUGAGUAUGCUCUUUAUUCGCAUUAAGAUUCCUGGUUAUCUUAGGUGAAUUUCAGUUUAUUUAGUUCUGUUAUUGGGACUUAAUGGAUUUGUACCUCUAUGUUUGAUCGUUCAUCUAGCUUUCUCUCAAUGGCAAAGUUUCUAAUUUUCCUUUUAAGUGAAUUAUUGCUUCUGCUAA